CUGCCUCUGUUUGUGCGGGAAGGAGAAAGUCCCGGCUCCGCUUCGUGUGUCCUCCCGCGGCGGAGGGGCGUUCAGGGGGCGAACCCGACCCAGGAUUUACUGCGGUUUUUUUGGAGUGAAUGUGGGGGGGUGGGCGCGGAGCAGAGCGUCUGCCGCUAUCAAAGUGUGUGUGUGUGGGGGGGCUCCUUAGAAGCUUCGCACUGACAGAGGAGGGGUUCUGAAACCGAGCCUGGAAACCCAUUUUCACGGCUUUCUUCAAACGCCACCGUUUGGCUCCGUGCGGCGUUUGGAGGAUUUUCUCCAGGUGUCCGUAAACGUUACGCCACAACAGCGAAUCUGCGGCUGCAAAUCACCCCAAACCGAUUAACGCCGCCGCGCGCGCGUACGUGCGUCUCUGAACUUUUCCGGAGAGGGGGCCCUGCAGCCACGCGCUGGAGUUCAAGUGUCCAGGACGGGAGGGGGGGCAGAGCGUGGCAAACCUCACCCGUGGCCUGGAACAGAAGCCGAAAAGCCCCGCGAGCUUCAGCGCUAUUUAGCUUAGUUACAGAGCUAGCAUAGCAGCUAGCUCCCGCUCCGCAAGUUUCUUUCCUCCCCCCUCACCGGAGGCCCGCAUCCGCGAAUGAACUCUGAUAAACUCCGCAGAAGCGGACGUCAGAGACCGGCGGGCACGCCCGCCAACUGGGCUCGUGCCGGCGCCGGUUCCCCGCGCAGUGACGAACCUCCAAACCGCCACGUUAGCUGGUUCGACUGAACACGCUGGACACGUUCCCCGCCCAUUUCCCCGGGAUGUUUGUUUACUUUUGUUUACGCCUUUGCCCAUGCCGCAAAGCAGAAGCAGCCGCCUGAACGCAGACCGUCGAACGAGCCGACCCCGCUCAGGAGCUGCGCCCGCCCCGGCUGGAGAAGCGAUGUGGCCGCGGAUGUCGGGCUGGGUCGUGGCCGCGCUCUGCGCCGCGCUGCUGGGCUGUCAUCCGGCGCACGCAGACAUUUGUCCAAGCAAGGACAUCCGUAACAAUGUGACCAACCUGCAGACGCUGGAGAACUGCACGGUGAUCGAAGGUCACCUGAAGAUCCUGCUCAUGUUCAAGACCAAGCCUGAGAAUUUCAGAGGCAUCAGUUUCCCCAAACUCAGAGUGGUCACGGACUAUCUGCUGCUCUUUCGAGUUUACGGGCUGGAGAGCCUGAGCGACCUCUUCCCCAACCUGACGGUCAUCAGAGGGAACAACCUGUUCUUCAACUACGCUCUGGUGGUCUUUGAGAUGCUGCAGCUGAGGGAGUUGGGUCUCCACAGCCUGAUGAACAUCACCAGAGGAGCGGUGAGAAUCGAGAAGAACCCAGAUCUCUGCUACCUCUCCACUCUGGACUGGUCCAAGAUCCUCGACACGGUGGAGGACAACUACAUCGUGGCCAAUAAGAACGACCGGGAGUGCGGCGACGUCUGUCCGGGGGUGCCCAGGGGGGAGACGCUGUGUCCGACCACCACCCUCAACGGGCAUUUCAGUGAACGCUGCUGGACUCAAAAGUUCUGUCAAAAAAUGUGCCCGGUUCAGUGCAAACACGGGGCGUGCACCGACGGCGGGCAGUGCUGCCACGAUCAGUGCCUGGGGGGCUGCCUCAAGCCCAACUCCACCAGCGACUGCGUGGCCUGCCGGGGGCUCCAGCACGAGGGGAGGUGCGUGGAGCAGUGCCCCAAGAAGUUUGUCGUCUACAAGGGCUGGCGCUGCGUCUCCUCGGACUUCUGCCAGGAGCUGCACCACCGAUGCAGGCGGGAGAAGGAGCGCUCCAAGAGCGCCGAGUGUCACGAGUACGUCAUCCACAACGGGGCCUGCAUCCCCGAGUGUCCCUCCGGCUACACCACCGUCAACUCCUCAGCGCUCAACUGCAGCCCCUGUGCAGGCCUGUGUCCUAAGGUGUGCAUCGGUCUGAAGACGGUGGACUCGGUCACGGCCGCCCAGGCGUUGAGGGGCUGCACCAUCCUCAACGGGAGUCUGGUCAUAAACCUGCGGGGAGGAAACAACAUCGCAGCUGAGCUGGAGGCCAGUCUGGGCCAGCUGGAGGAGAUCACCGGGUACCUGACGGUGCGGCGUUCCUACGCCCUCGUGUCCCUCUCGUUCUUUCGCAAACUGCGGGUCAUUCGUGGGGAAGAACAGGAAGUGGGGAACUACUCGUUUUACGCUCUGGACAACCAGAACCUGCGACAGCUCUGGGACUGGUCCAAACACAAGCUGGCCAUCCUGCAGGGUCGCAUGUUUUUCCACUACAACUCCAAACUCUGCAUGUCGGAGAUCCGCAGGAUGGAGGAGGUGACGGGGCUGAAGGACAGACGCGUCAAGAACGAGAUCGCCUUAAAGACCAACGGAGACCGGGCCUCAUGUGAAAACCACGUCUUGACCUUCACCCAGAUUCGGACCAUGAGCGAUAAGAUCAUGAUCAAGUGGAAACCCUUCUGGCCUUCAGACUUCAGGGACCUGCUGGGCUUCAUGGUGCUCUACAAAGAGGCACCUUUCCAGAACGUGACGGAGUUUGACGGGCAGGACGCCUGCGGCUCCAACAGCUGGGUGAUCGCUGACGUGGACCCCCCACGGCGAGCCUCGGAGGGGGAGAAGGACCAGACGGAGCCCGGUCACCUCAUCAUGCCGCUGAAGCCGUGGACUCAGUACGCCAUCAUGGUGAAAACCCAGCUGUCCGCCUCUGACGAGCACCAGGUCAACGGGGCCAAGAGCGAGAUCAUCUACGUGCGCACCAACGCCACCAGACCCUCGGUGCCGCUGGACCCCAUCUCCUCCUCCAACUCCUCCUCUCAGAUCAUCCUGAAGUGGAAACCUCCCAACGACCCCAACGGGAAUAUCACGCACUACCUGGUCUUCUACCAGCGCCAGCCUGAAGCCAGCGAGCUCUACAAGUUUGACUACUGCCAGAAGGGCAUGAAGCUGCCGUCACGCGUGCCCACUCAGGUGGACAGCGGGGAAGAGAAGAAGUGGAACCAGACGGAGGAGGAGGGCCAGGGCAAGCAGUGCUGCACCUGCCCCAAAACGGACAAGGAGCUGAAGAAGGAGAAGGAGGACUCGGAGUACCGCAAGACCUUCGAGAAUUACCUCCACAACGAAGUCUUUGAGAUCAAGCGCCCCAGACAGCGGCGCUCUGCGAUGGGGGUGGCCAAUCAGACGCUCCCCUUCCUCACAACUGCCCCCAGCCCCACCGGCAUCCCCGACGAGGACGAAAAAACCUUCGAAAGCACAAAGACUGUGGUCACUGUCCACGCCAAGGAGUCCACCGUCAUCUCCAACCUGAGGCACUUCACCAGCUACCAGAUUGAGAUCCACGCCUGCAACAAAGCCAUACCCACCUGCAGCAUGGCGGCCUUCGUCAGCGCCCGCACCAUGCCAGAAGAAAAAGCCGAUGACAUCCUGGGCCCCAUCAGAUCUGAGGUCACAGAAAACACAGUUCACAUUGAGUGGCAGGAACCAGCAACCCCCAACGGCAUCAUCAUCCUGUAUGAGGUCAUCUACAAAAGACUGGUGGACUCUGAGGACCUGCACUACUGCGUCUCCAGGAAAAUGUACAAGAAGAUGCAUGGCUGCAAGCUGAAAGUGAUGCAUCCUGGGAAUUAUUCUGUGAAGAUCAGAGCCACCUCGUUGGCUGGGAACGGGUCGUGGACUCAGCCUUCCUUCUUCUAUGUCCAGGAUCUAAGUGAUCCUCUCUAUGUGGUGAAGAUCAUCAUCGGGCCGAUCAUCUGCUUUGUGCUGCUGCUGCUCGUUUCCGUGGCGGGAUUCGUCGUGUUCAAGAAGAACCAAACCCAGGGUCCCAGCGGACCCAUCUACGCCUCCUCCAACCCUGAGUAUCUCAGUGCCAACGACGUGUACGAGGAGGACGAGUGGGAGGUUCCCCGGGACAAGAUCCACAUCCUGAGGGAGCUGGGCCAGGGCUCCUUUGGGAUGGUCUAUGAAGGCCUCGCCAAAGACAUCGUGAAGGGGGAGGGGGAGACGCACGUCGCCGUGAAGACGGUGAACGAGUCCGCCAGCCUGCGGGAGAGGAUCGAGUUCCUGAACGAAGCGUCGGUCAUGAAGGCCUUCACCUGCCACCACGUGGUGCGUCUGCUGGGCGUCGUGUCGAAGGGACAGCCCACCCUGGUGGUCAUGGAGCUGAUGACCCACGGGGAUCUGAAGAGCUACUUGCGCUCUCUGCGGCCAGAUGCCGAGAAUAACCCGGGCCGUCCGCCCCCCACCCUGAAGGAGAUGAUCCAGAUGGCGGCUGAGAUCGCGGACGGAAUGGCUUAUCUCAACGCCAAGAAGUUUGUUCACCGGGACCUGGCCGCCAGGAACUGCAUGGUGGCGCACGACCUGACCGUCAAAAUCGGAGACUUCGGGAUGACCAGGGACAUCUACGAGACCGACUACUACCGGAAGGGCGGGAAGGGGCUGCUGCCCGUCAGGUGGAUGGCGCCCGAGUCUCUGAAGGACGGCGUCUUCACAGCACAUUCAGACUGCUGGUCGUUCGGGGUGGUGUUGUGGGAGAUCAGCACGCUGGCGGAGCAGCCGUACCAGGGUCUGUCCAACGAGCAGGUUCUGAAGUUCGUCAUGGAGGGGGGGUUCCUGGACCGGCCCGAGAACUGUCCGGACAGACUGCAUAACUUGAUGCAGAUGUGCUGGCAGUACAACCCCAAAAUGCGGCCCGCCUUCCAGGAGAUCAUCGAGAUGCUGCGGGACGACCUGCACCCCUCCUUCCAGGAGGUCUCCUUCUUCUACAGCAAGGAGAACAAGCCGCCGGAGAGCGAGGACUUCGACCUGGACAUGGAGAACAUGGAGAGCAUCCCGCUGGACCCCUCCUCCUACUCGCAGAGGGAGCAGUGCUCGGAGCGGGAGGAGGCGUCGCCCGUGGGCCUGCGGGGCAGUUACGAGGAGCACCACAUCCCCUUCACACACAUGAACGGCGUGAAGAACAACGGACGGAUACUGGCCCUGCCCCGCUCCAGCCCCUCCUAACGCGCCGGCGGACCGCUCUUCAUCACUCACCUCACAUAUCUCAGGACCUUCUUUCUGUCUCCAGAUGCCACAAACGCACUACAGCGAGAACCCCCCCACCCCCCCAGGGCCGCGCCGCCGUCUCCACGGACGAAUCCGUUUUCUGGAUCGUAGCUCGGGAACCGUACAGAAAAAUGCCAAGUUUCCGCUCGUCUGAGUGGAUUUUUAAAUUCAACUGUGAAACAAACUCUUGACAAACAAGAAAGCUGCUAAACCCCGCCCCCUCCCUCCAGCCCAGGCCGCCAUCUCGCCACCCGGCCCGUCAGGUUUUACCCAGCAGUAGCGUCUGCCCUACAAGGAAAAAGUGCCCUUCUCUUCUGUCUGUGGCCUCCGUCUGUGUUUGGACUGUCCGGGGUCCUGCUGAUCCGGUGGGGCAGCGGCUGACCUCCCCACUGCAGUGGACUCAAACCCCCGUUGGCUUGUUUUUAUUUAUUUACAGAUUCUGGUUUUCCUCUGUUUUCAUAUUCACAGCUGAAGGAUAUUUAAAGUGCUGUCAUCAUCAGAUUGACCUGAGCUGUUGGUCUAAUUUAGAGGUUUUAGAGGAUAUAAAAAGAUAAAUAUAUAUAUGAUGCAAACAUGAUGUUUUUGUACAUAGUUGUCGUCAUUCUGUAGGUAUUCCUGCUUAGAAAAAGCUUUUAAAUGUUAUUCUCUUAUGUUUGUUUUUUUUCUAAUGCAGAAAUGGGACUAAUUAGCUUUUUUUUUUUUUGUUGGACUCUGUCAUCAACCAUCAGCACUUGUUCUUUUUGCCCCGCCCACACCUGGAUGUGGGCGUGGACGGUGUGUGUGGCGCCUUCAGCUGCAGAUGUGUCACCAUCAGAUCAAUUAAACUUGUGCUGUAAACGAUG